AUGUCAGCAACUUCCUUCUUCUCCCAAAUCUCUUCCUUCUUCGCAGGCAAUGCCGAUCAGAACACAUUAUCCCCAACACGUCCAGCCACCACUUUCGGCUCUCGUCUCUCCUCCUCAUCCCGUCGUCGUCCUCCUCAGCCGCUCGAUGCCAAUGCCUGGGCAAUGCCUUACAGCAGCCGUAACAACAUCCCAGCCUCGCCCGCCUACACCAACAAUGGUGUCACAUCACCUGUCGACAACCAGUAUCCACCUGCUGCCGGUAUCGCCCGUGCUUCCUCUCCUUACGCACAUGAGCAUUCCAACCCUCUAUCCACCAGCUCCGUAGCCGAGUUCAGCAACAUGUAUCCGACCGCAUCCACCUCCACCCUCGUUCCUGGCACAGCAGCUCGUGCCGUUCAUGUCUCUGCAGGAGGCUCCCUUCCCACCAGCGCCUAUCCUCCCAUCCGUCAUACUUGGAACCGCAUCCGCAAAUGGUGCAGAAAGAAUUAUCCAGAGAUAUCCGACACGCUCAACUGGCCUUGCACCGAAGAGGCGCUCGACGAGCUCGAAAUGACCAUUGGCUAUGCUCUUCCUACCUGCGUGCGCGAGUCCUAUCUCACCUACGACGGACAGGAGCUCGAGUCCAAUCAAUCUUGCCAGGAUGGUCUCUUCUUUGGUGCUGCUCUCCUCAGCCUCGACCAGAUCGCCCAAGAGUGGAAGUUCUGGCGUUCCGUCGAUGAGGAUCCCGAGACCGCUGCCAACCCGCAGGUUCGAAAUCUUAUGGCAAGUUGCCCGCACAAGUGGAUUCGAGCAGAGUACUCCUGUCGCGGCUGGAUUCCCCUCAUCACCGAUCACGCAGGCAACUACAUUGGAAUCGAUCUCAGCCCGCACCCAGCAGGCGGAGGAUCGCCUGGACAGGUCAUCAUCUUUGGCAGAGACUUUGAUACCAAGGUCGUAUCUUGGAAGGCUGACGGUGCCGGCGGAUGGGGUCGCUUCCUCCAGACCUUCGCCGACGAGCUUGAAGCUGGUCAAUUCUGGACUCUCGAGGAGCCCACUGCUGGCAGCGAUGAUGAGGAGGACAUGAUUGGAUACGAAAGCUACUUUAGUGGUGGAGGCGCUGGCGCCAGUCAGGGUAGUGCCAACCGCGCAGGCGAAGGAGCUGCUGCCUUCCGUCUCACGGGCGAGCACAAGGGUUGGCCUGUCUUGGAGGCUUGGGCCGAUCGAUCCGUGCGUCUCUGGGAGUCGGUUGGCUUGGCUCCAGGCAAACCUGUGGGCAAUCCUAACCAGCCGCAGCCUCAGAUGAUGGUCGACAGACAAGCGCAACGCCUUUCUGUCUUUGGCGACGAAACAGGUAUGCCCCCAACAUUGCAGGCUCUCGAUGGCAACGGCGAGGCUAUCGAUGCAGAAGGGAGCGGUUCGAGUCGCCCACUCAACGCAAUGGUAGGCAAGGAGUUGACAGGCCAAGUCUCUGUGGACGGCCCUGCGCAUCCCCUCGCCGAUUCGUCGCUUGCUGCCGACGCCAGCUCCGAGGUGCUCAUUGCUGCCACUGACGCCAGUGUCCCGAGCGAGAGCACUAGCAUGACCAUCGACUCGGCAGCUAACACAAGUGCAGAUGGCAACGACAGUGUCGAUGUUAACAGUAAGCCGACCAAUAGCACACGUCGCGUGUCGGGCAUGCUCUCACCCCCGCUACCAGAGACUAAAGCCUCGUUGCGCAAGCAGAAGCAGCGAGAAGAAGGCUGGGGGUUGCCGAUCCUCAAUCAGUCACCCAUCUUGGCUCAGGAACCCAUGUCGCCACGCCGUCGCACUGCACGACCCCCACCGGCUCCGGCGCAGGCAUUGGAUCUUCCCACGAUCGAAGACGUUAAAGCAGUCCAGGCAGCCGUGCUUGCUGAUGAUGGCAAGUCGCACAGCGUUCAGUUUGACUCACAAUCGCAGGGUCGCAGUGCGUUUGGAAACCUCGGCUUCCGCGACCUUGCCGGCAAGAUUGGUGCACCAGGCAUGGGUGGAGUUGGCAGCCCCAACGGGCUCGGGAGUCCCAACGGACACACCAGACGCGAGGAGUCGGUCGAGUUGGAAACAAGGAGCAGUGUCGAGAACAGAUCCGCAAACAACUACAUUGUCGGUCAGAGGGGUCGAGCGCGCGGACUGGGUCCAGAGAACGGAGACGUCGAUGCGGAAGCAGAUGGUGCGGUGAAAGCAAUCGGCGCUAUGUCGCUGGUUUCACCUCGAACCAGGGUAGUAGACUUGCUGCCUCUCAUUGAUGCCAACUCCACGCCUGGUUCUCCUGCUGUCAAGAGUGGUGGAGCCAAGUUGGGCGAUACCGAAGUGCCCGCCGCUAUCGCCUGA